GAACGAUGCCACCUGUCAUCGUCUGUUUGUUUACAUUCUGGAUGACGAGAUGUCUGUUUUGACCAGUGUACGUCUCGCUCUCUGAGCUUCUGUGAUACAUUUACCCCUUUCUUCUUGAGUAUCAGGUGCUUAUGGAGGGGAGAGUUUGUCUUCCCCUAAAGCAUGGUGUUUGGAGUUAGUACUAAACCCCAUAUAGCAGCACAUCACCUGGAUGAUGGAGGGAAAAGUCACAUUUUCUGCAAAUGCUUCCGGGGUCUCAAUGCCCAAUAAGAGGGCAGACAUGAUUGCACGCCUGGAACAGUUAUGUCAGGAAUACAAUAAACUCUCACAGUGUCUGGCAGCAGAGUCUCAUCAGAUGCAUGAGAUAGAAGAUGUUAGUAAAAUUCAAGGCAAUAUGGAAGAAAUGACUGUAGAUGCUCUGAAGAGGGAAGUGAAGAAUCUUAAUAAUCAGCUUCUUGCACAUGCAACAGAGAAAGGUGAUUUAGAAAAAGCUUUUCAAGAGCAAAAAAAUGAAAGUACUAAGAACAUUGGCAAGCUGAAUCAGGAGCUUAAGAACUGGAAGGAUGAUACUGAUGCUUUAAAAGACAUUUUGAAAAGGCUCAAUGAGCAACUAAAUCGAUAUCACAUAAAAUAUGGACCACUACGAGAAGAAGAAACGAGGCAUAUCACCAAAGAUAUAAGUCGUUCAAGUAUCUACAAGCUGAAAGCUCUCCUUACUGCCUAUGAUGAACUUCUGCUUGAACGGGAUUCCACAGUUAAGUCCACAACUGAGAAGCUGGAGAAAAUGGUGUUGCGUGUUAAUGAUGUUGUCACAGAGAAUGAAAAACUUCACUCUCGUUUAGAGAAGCUGCAGUCAGAAGUUCCACUUGGAUCUGAGGAGGCAGAAAUGGUUGCUGCUGAUGCCAGGCUGUUAUUAGAGGAAAGAGAAAUUUUGCUUGAAGAGAUUCAUAUUCUUCGUCAACAAAGGCAGCAAGAGAUGGUAAACUAUCAACAAGAAGUAACCAGGCUGCAACAUCAGCUGGAGGAAUACGAGAUUAAGAACCAAACUAUGUCAUCUGAUCUGGAUACAUGGAAGGUUGAGUGUGCUGAAUUGGAGAAACACUGUCGAACUCUUCGGACAGAACUACGUGGUACUGUCACAAAGCAGGAGCAUCAGUUUGCUGUUGACGAGUGUCAAAGGCUUUUUGAGGAAUUGCGGGCUGUUUACAAUCAAGAAUCAGGGAACCUGAAAGGAAAAAUGAAAGCAGCAAAACAUGAGAAGAAAAAUUUAGCAGAAAAGUUGACAGAUACUUCCACUCAAGCCCACAACCUCAGUGUUCAGGUUUCAGGGCUCAAAGGGUCAUUAAGGAAGACAGAAUGCAGAGUUCAACGUCGGGAGCGAUCUCUGAAAGCAGUGCAAGCAGCAGCUCGCCUGGCUCAGUCACGUCUCCAGUCCCUCAGAACAGUUUGCAGUGAACUCAUUGAAGAUCGAGAAAAGCUUUUACAUUCAUUAGCAGCUCAACGAAAAGAGACCGAAGAAUUGUCACGAGAAGUUACCUUACGCAGUGCAACUGUGGGGGUUCUUUCACAGAAACUCAAGGAGGAACGUUUGAUGUGGAGUAGGCGUAUUGCUGAGAGUGAAGGUGCCUUGAAAGCAGCAAAGUCGGCUUGGAAGCGUUCAAGCAGAGAAGCCUCACACUUGCGCAGUUUAGUUACUUCCAAGGAUGAUACAAUCGCUUCUCUCAUUGCUGAUUAUAAGCUUCUGGGAUUAGAUUACAGCGACGCCAAGCGCCACAACAUUCGGCAACACGUGCCAAAGCAUCACAACAUUCUGGGAGGCGCAGUAUGACAAUGGAAACGUAAAGAUAAUAUGGCAGCACUCUUGAUACUUUUCCGCUGCAUCAGCUUGCAAGAGAGAAACAGUGUUCACACAAUGCUAAUAUGCAGUGAUUUGUGUUUUUGUUUCAAGGUUUGAGUGUCACCUCACUCAGUAGAGAUAUUUAAGAUGAAUAAUAAAAAUCAUGUAACAGUUUCUCAUUAUAUCCAGUAUUUAUAUAAAAAUGUUAGGGCAAUAAAGGUUUAUUAAUUGGUUUAAAUUUUAAAUAAUGUACUUAUAGUUAAAUGCAGUAAAAAUUAAUUGUGAAAAAAAAGCAGUGAAAAUUAUAAUUGCAAAUUUUUUAUAUAAGAUUGUUUGUUGUGGGAGACAGCCAUAGUGUUAAAAAAAAUUAUUUUGAGCUUAGAAAUUAAAGAAUUUUGAGUAGUGUGUAAGUGGAAAUGAUAUAGAGCAGUAGUUGCUAAAUAAUCAAAUGUCAGGUGAAGAGAGCAUGAAAAUGUGUAGAAUGGUCUCUUGCAGUUAAAGGGAUAAUGUGUAUUUCACUUAAGGUACAUAUGUGGUUAUAUUUCAUGAAGUACUAAACCAGAAUGGAUCUUUCAUUGCAAGGACUGGUAUAAACUCAAUCCUGUCUGCUGAUCAGGAGCCUUACCACUCAGGUUGUUGGUGAGUGUCUGCUUCACUUAAAUUUCUUGGGUUUGGUUCUAAUUUGUCAGCAUUUUGUAGAUACAAAUUUAUUAUAGAAGCCUUAUUCUUUGUAAAGUGUGAAAUAGUACAAUGAGAUGUUAGAAAAAAUAUAUCAGAAAUGGAAACAAUAAAAGAGGAAAGAGCUCUUAUAAUUUCUGAAAAAAGAGCAUAAUCACAUGAGUACAAAAGAUUAUUAUGAAAAGUCCUGAAAGUAAAAGUUUCAGUAAAUAUUACUGUAGUGGGUGAAGAGUAAGACAUGUGCAACAGUUGGCUAUCUUUAUCAUUGACUGAAAUGUUUCACCUACUCAGUAGGCUUCUUCAGUCAAAUACAAGGAUAGCAGGCAUGGCAGUGAAGUAAAGAUGAUGUAACCAGUCCAUCAACCUUGGAGAAAUAGUUUUUGAGGUGGUCAGUCCCUCACUCAUAAAUGUGUUUUCUAUUUUUUUUUUGUGUGUGUAAAUUUUUUAAGUCUUUUACCUUUUAUUAUUAAUAUUUUUAAGAAAAUUAUCUAAAAUAGAUAAUAACUGAAUAUCGGUAAUAAUUUAAGAGGGUCUUCUAACUAAAAUUGUUAACUAGGGUGUUUUGAAGUUGAGAUCAAUAGCCCCAUUUUGACUAAGUGGACAUGUCACAUGAUUUUUUUUACCCUUGUUAAACCAAUUACCCUGAAUCUUUCUUCAUACAUAUCAUACCAUUUCAAACAUACAGUGAAUGUUUGAAAACCGAAGGCUAUUUACAAAAAAUAGUUGAAAAUUACUAUACCAUACUCCACAUUAUAUUUCUAAUUUUUUGUUAUUUUUAAAUGAACCAUUUAUCACAUGCAAGUCUAGUCCAACUGUCAAGAUACCAUAAGAGUAUUUUUGAUAGUCAGUAGCGUAUCUUUAGAGAUAGAAAGAGCAGCCCCAAUCAAAUGUUACUAAUAGAUUUUUAUAUUUUGAGAAAACUAUUGUACAGAGCACAUAUUUAAAUAUUACCAAAGGAUCGUACCAACUAAUUAAAUCUAGUCUCUAUGUGAUCAAGUAUAAUUAAGUGCAAUACCCAUUUCUGUGUUCUAUCCAGUGCCAGUUUUAUGAAAAUGUCCUUUGAAACUGUGGUACUGUAGUUACUAAUGUAGUACUGUAUUGUAUAUGAAAGGUGUAAUGCAAUGCCAGACUGGAACAAAUAAUUUGAGCAGGUUAAAUAUAUGCUAGCAAAAAUUUCAUGUUGUGCAUUCAAAGGACGUGUAGUACGAGCAUGUCAUUACCAUAUAUUUUUUUUUUUUUUUUUUUUUAACAAGUCGGCAGUCUCCCACCGAGGCAUGGUGACCCAAAAAAGAAAGAAAAUCCCCAAAAAGAAAAUACUUUCAUCUUUAUUCAACACUUUCACCACACUCGCACAUUAUCACUGCUUUUGCAGAGGUACUCAGAAUACAACAGCUUAGAAGCAUAUACGUAUAAAGAUACACAACAUAUCCCUCCAUACUGCCAAUAUCCCAAACCCCUCCUUUAAAGUGCAGGCAUUGUACUUCCCAUUUCCAGGACUCAAGUCCGACUAUAUGAACAUAACCGGUUUCCCUGAAUCCCUUCACUAAAUAUUACCCUGCUCACACUCCAACAGAUCGUCAGGUCCCAAGUAUCAUUCGCCUCCAUUCACUCCUAUCUAACACGCUCAUGCACGCUUGCUGGAAAUCCAA